GCAUGUUGGAAAUUAUAGAUACAUAAAUAUGCAGGUACAUUGCGUGUGCAGUCAUUUCAUUUGCUGAUCUCUGUACAGAAGGGCCAUAAUGUUGUUGGCCCUGCAGUGUUUGGUAAUAUUCUUGAUCUUCCUCUAUUGGAUUAGAAGCAAAAACAAGGAAUUUGAUAAGAUACCAAGACCACCAGGAGUGCUCUUUCUUCACAACACUUUAGAUUUUUUGUCGGACACAGUUCCACUGUUUUACCAAUUCAGGAUGUUAUCCAACAAAUACAAAAGACUGUUUGGAAUAAAAUUAGGUCCUGUUAAUGCUGUUUUUAUAAAUUAUCCAGAAGAUAUAGAGAAAGUUAUAAACGGGAGCGCAGUUAGUGAGAAAGGACUUAUGUACGACUUUGUAGAGCCUUGGCUAAAGCAGGGACUUCUUUUAAGUGAAGGUUCAAAAUGGCAUAAACGAAGAAAACUAUUGACACGGGCAUUUACCUUCUCUAUAAUGUCUACUUUUAAAUCAGUGAUUGUGGAAAACUGCCAAACUUUUUUGGGUAAACUUGAAAAAGAAGUAAACGCAUCCAAAACAAAUAUAAUGCCGUUCAUUGAGGAUUUCGUUAUACACUCUAUAUGCGAAACUGCUAUGGGCACUAAAUUGGAUGAAGAAGACAUAAAUUUUGGUAAAUUGUAUAGAGAAGGAAUUUACAAACUGGGACAGUGCGCCUUCUACAGAGCACAAAGAGUGUGGUUCCAUCCGACCUUUACUUUUAAAUUUACAGAAGUAGGAAAAAAACAGGAAGAUAUUUUGAAAAUCAUGAAUUCUUUCCGAGAUAGAGUAAUACAAAGUCGGAGAAAAUUCUACAAUAAUAAUAAGACCAACAUUGUUAACGAUUUCAAUGAUAAUGAAAAUGAUAUAGUACAGUUCAAUGGGAAAGUGAAAAUGCCUUUGUUAGAUUUACUGUUAGAAGCUGAGAAGGAUGGUGUCAUAGAUGAGAAAGGAAUUGCUGAGGAAGUGGAUACAUUCAUGUUAGGGGGCCUUGACACUACGGCUAAUACUAUACAGUUUACAAUGAUGCUAUUAGCUAAUCACCAAGACGCACAGGAAAUGAUAGUCAAUGAAUGCAACAAUAUAUUUGGAUCUUCAGACCGUUCUGCUACGAUGGCAGAUUUGGCGCAAAUGAAAUACUUGGAAUGUUGCAUCAAAGAGUCUAUGAGGCUAUAUCCGCCUAUACCAAUUAUAAAUCGAAAAGUUCAACAAACUUUAACUUUAGGUAAAUCCAUAACAAUCAUAUAAUAUACUAUGCUCCCGACCGAUGUUUCUUUUCGGCCA